UUUACCUCACUGAAUUUGUAGCGAAACCUUGCUGAAAUCGCGAGAGCACUUCGUCUUCUAAGCUGACGGUUGCAGAGAUCGUGGUAUUUGCUAGUAUUUGUACAAGUGUUAAACUUUGUCGCAGAAAACCAGUGAAGACUGUAAUAGUAGAGAUGUCGUCUGAAGGAACGCUAAGUGUUGGAGGAGGAGAGGGGAUGAGGGACGCCAGCUCGAGCUCAAGUAGGGGGAGUGGGGGUAGGACCUCUGUUAGUGGGGGAUACGGGGGUCAAGAGGGUGGCCUUGUCCCAACCAACAUUUUAGAGGUUGGUGACAACCAGGGAAAGUGUUAUAAUGAGAGUGACGAGGUAAUGGGGGAGGUGGUAGGGUAUGAAUCGUGCUGGAGGUCCAGGGGGGAGCUGGGGCACUUGGUGGAGAACUACAGUAUCCCACCUCAUGUGCUGGUAAGGCCAGCAGGGGGUGAGGAGCGAGCGUGUUCAGCUCCAAAAGACCAUUGGAUGCCACUAUACGUGCACUACCUGGCAACUGGGCUCCGGUUCCCCAUUCCGGAGUUGCUGAUAGUGCUGCUGAAGGAAUAUGGGUUGGGGUUAACGCAGCUCGUCCCCAUUGGAGUUCGGGGGGUAGUGGGAAGGAAAAUGGGUGGUUUUACUUCACACCUCAGGGAGUUGAAGGUAGGAGUAGGAACCUUUUUACUGCAGUACCGGCUGGGGGAGGUGGAGAAGGACGAGGUGAAGAGGUUGGAGAGGGGUGGGGGGGAGCUGAGAAACAUAAUGUACCUCACCAGUCCAGAGGUGGUGGAGUCAUCUGGAAUCUAUGGGAGGAGCUCAUUGAGCAGAGAAGAAAUGAACCGCUUGAGAGCUGGGGGUAGACCCGUACGGCCACUAAAGAAGAGGUCGAGGGCGUCAACCGCGGGUGCUCAAGAGAAGCGAGUUGGAGGUGCAACUUCGAGGCCUCACCCAAGUGGUGGGUCUCGAGCUGAGGUGGGGCCCAGCUCUGAGCCCAAGAGGGGCACAAUUGAGGAGCUCGUUGCCCGAAAGAGGACAAGGGUGGAAGAGGUGCAGUCUUUGCAGAUUGAGGCCCCGGUCGAGCAAGUGGCCAGCUUCUACGAGUCUGGGAGAACGACUGCGAAGCAGUUCAUUAGCUCCCACUUCCCUGAGGUGGAUCUGCAAAGGGCGAAGGACGAGCUGGCCGUUAAUGGGGGAUCGGGGGUAGUUCGGCAGGCUCUGGAGACCACCAACUUAGUAAAUGCAAUGGCGACUGAGUUCUUCGACUACCUCCAAGAGCGAAUUGCCUUGGUGAAAAAGAACGAAGAGCUCAACCGCCAAAAGGAGGAGGCGGAGAAGAACUUCGGUGAACUGACCUCGGAGCUGGAGAAGGUCAGGGAGGAGUUGGCCAACUCCAGAAGGGCUGCCGAGCUAAAGGAGCAGAAGAGGAAGAAGUGUGAGGAAGCACUUGCAAGGAGGGAGAACGAGCUAGCCGAGGUGAGAAAGUCAGCUGAGCUGGCGAUCCACAAUUCUGUGGAGGGGCAUGUUUCAAACUUUGUUAAGUCUGCUACGUUCGCUAAGGUGGUGGACCUCUACCGUCUGCCAACGUUGGUAAUGGCCUUCGCUGACUACCGUAAGAAGGUGAAGGCUCAGAAUCCAGAGGUGGACGUGACAAGCAUUACCUUUGGACCUGAGGAGGCAGGGGUAGAGGAGAACGGGGAUAGCAAAACAGCGGAGUUCCGACCUGAGGUGAAGUUGACUUGGGAGCGGGAUGAGGCUGGGAAAACUAUCCUCCCACCGACGUUGGACUUCGAGUUCUUUGCUGUGGACGAGGAGGAGGCCGAGGUGGCACCGAGGACGGAGGUGGCGGACAACAUACGAAAUGAAGAAGUGGACCAGCAACUCCAGAUCAUUGAUUGAGCUCGGCCAGCUCAUCCUUUGUAAUUUUUACGAUUUUUAGCUUAUGUAAAGAACAAUUUGUAUUUCAAUUGGAAUGAACGAAUUGAAAUUUU